AAUAUAAAUAUUGUAAUGUCUAGAAAGGAGCCGGAUCCCUCUUCGGAAUUUAGUCAAAUUCAGAACAUGGACACGUUAACGCCCAAAAUCAAAGAAAUGGUUCGUCUGAGAUCGCUGAGACGUUUCUUCAUGUUUUUUCUGCUUCCGAUUGUAUUCAGUCCAAUUCCGUUGAUUAUUGGAACGCCGCCAGCUUCUUGUGCUUAUGUCAUCUUCGUUAUGGGAUUUUUCUGGGUAACCGAAACACUUCCUCUGCCUGUGACUGCAUUAAUCCCGACUAUUGCCUAUCCACUGCUAGAUAUUGAACCGGCAGAGGCCGUCUCUUCGGCAUAUCUGAAUGAUUCUAAUAUGAUGUUCUUUGGUUCUAUGGUUAUGGCUGUUGCGGUAGAAUCUUCUCGUUUACACGAGCGUGUUGCUCUUCGAACACUGUGUUUUACCGGUGCUAAUCCUCGCUUUUUAAUGCUUGGAUUGCAAGUUGCAACAGCUUUUAUUUCUUUGUGGAUGUCAAAUACUUCAACUACUACCAUGAUGCUGCCCUUGGUGCUUGCGCUUAUUAAGGAACUGGAUAUGUGUGAACGUUUAGAGACUGAAUCAUUAAAUUCUUCAAGAGAUUCUGCUGAUACAGUCUCUCAGAUGUUGGUUCUUUCGGAUAAUAAGCAACAGCGGCGUAUCUACAAAGGUCUUUUACUUUCGAUUGCUUAUGCUUCUGCAAUUGGUGGCGCUGGCACCCUGAUUGGUACUAGUUCGAUUAUUUCCAUGAAUAGCCAUUUCCAGAGUCUUUAUGGUGAUAAAAAUCCUGUGGCUUUCUUUUCUUAUAUGUGUUAUUCUAUUCCACAGCUUAUUAUUCUCCUAUUAAUUUGUUGGAUUUGGCUUCAAUUUUUGUUUAUUGGAUUCUGCAAUAACAACAAGAAAAACAAUCAAGUUGUUAAUGAUAUGAUUGUUAAAAAAUAUAAGGAAUUGGGGCCUAUGCGAUAUGAAGAAUUGGUUGUGUUAAUUUCCUUUCUGUCGCUAAUUGCUUUGUGGUUAUCUCGCCCUGCUUGGACUAAACUGUUCACUGCAAGUUAUGUGACUGAUGGAACGGCAUCAAUGCUAAUUUCCAUGUUGCUUUUUGUUUUGCCUGCAGAAAAUCCAUUUUCAUCGGCAACCGUGGACAAACUUUUAGAAAACAAAGAUGAGCCUAUUCGUACUAUAAUAACUUGGAAGUUAAUGAGGGAAAAAUUUUCUUGGUCAACUCUCUUUCUGUUGGGAGGUGGAUUUGCUAUGGCUAAUGGAGUAAAGAAAAGUGGUCUUUCUGAUUGGAUUGCUAUCAAACUGUCAGCAAUGCAAUGGAUGCCUCCAUGGGCCUUCAUAGCAUUUUCGAGUGGAAUUGUUUGCCUGUUGACUGAAUUCGCUAGCAAUACAGCUACAGCAGCCGUCUUUAUCCCUGUGGUUGCUUCUAUUGCGAUUGCUCAAGAUAUUAAUCCACUUACCUAUGUAUUGCCGGUUACUUUUGCAUCGUCCUUCUCAUUUAUGUUUCCUUCGGGCACUCCACCAAACGCUGUUGUCUUCUCUGCAAAAAUAUUGCAUGUUUCUGAUAUGAUUUUGGGUGGAUUGGUUCUGAAAAUUGGUUCAUUCAUUCUAUGCCAAGUAUUUGCUCAGACUUUUGCGCCUUUGGUUUUUGAUUUUGGUAUCUUGAAUGUCACUGUUACGGAGACGACUAUGGCUCUCUAA